GCGGCGGGGUUUGUUUCGCAGGGCCGGGAGGGGAGGCCGGGAGCCCGCAGGCGCCGCGGCGGGGGCGCCGGGAGGCGGAUUCCUGGUGCCGUGGGCGCUGCUGGCGAGGGGGACCGCGCCGCGGCGGGCCCGAGCGCGGCGAUGGAAGGCGACGGGGGCCCGUGGGGCGGCGAGCCCGGCUCGGGGCCCGGCGGCGGCGGCGGCGGCGGCGGCGGGAUGGUCCGCGAGCUGUGCCGCGGCUUCGGCCGCUACCGCCGCUACCUGGGCCGGCUGCGACAGAACCUGCGCGAGACGCAGAAGUUCUUCCGCGACAUGCACUGCGCCCCGGGCCGCAGCCGGCCGUCGUCCCCCGUGAGUGGCGGCGGCGGUGGCGGCGGCCCCGAGCGCGGCGCGACCGGCGACGUCGCGGAGCACGGGCUGCCGGCGGGCCAGCUGAGCUGCAUUUCCUUCCCGCCUAAGGAAGAGAAGUACCUUCAGCAGAUCGUGGACUGCCUCCCCUGCAUCGUGAUCCUCGGCCAGGACUGUAAUGUCAAGUGUCAGCUGCUGAACCUGCUAUUGGGGCUGCAGGUGCUUCCCACCUCCAGGACGGCCAGUGAGGAGAGCUGCAAGCUUCGGCGCCUCCGCUUCACCUACGGGACUCAGACUCGGGUCAGCCUGGCCCUCCCCGGCCAGUAUGAACUAGUGCACACGUUGGUUGCUCAUGAGGGAAAGUGGGAGACCAUCCCCGAGGAGGACCUGGAAGUCCAAGAGGACAGUGAGGAUGCUGCCCAUGUUCUAGCUGAACUGGAGGUGAUGAUGCACCAUGCUCUCUUACAGGAAGUGGACAUUGUAGUAGCACCGUGCAAAGGCCUUCGACCCACAGUGGAUGUUUUGGGUGAUUUGGUGAAUGAAUUCUUGCCUGUGAUAACCUAUGCUCUCCACAAAGAUGAACUCUCUGAGAGAGAUGAACAAGAGCUUCAGGAAAUCCGAAAGUAUUUCUCUUUUCCCAUAUUCUUUUUCAAAGUGCCGAACCUGGGCUCAGAGGUCAUUGACUCCCCCAGAAGAAUGGAGAACGAGAGAUCCCCGCUUCAUCACCAGCUGACUGACCUGGGCUACCUGAGCAGUAGUCACUGCAACUGGGGGUCUCCCAGCCAAGACAGCAGGGCUCAGAGCAUGUUGGUGGAACAGAGCGAGAAGCUGAGGCACUUGAGUACGUUUUCUCACCAGGUGCUGCAGAUGCGCCUGGUGGAUGCAGCCAAGGCUCUGAACCUGGUGCACUGCCACUGCCUGGAUAUUUUUAUUAACCAGGCCUUUGACAUGCAGCGGGACCUGCAAAUCACUCCCAAACGUCUGGAAUACACUAGGAAAAAGGAGAAUGAGUUGUUUGAGUCCUUGAUGAACAUUGCCAAUCGAAAGCAGGAGGAAAUGAAGGAUAUGAUCGUUGAGACACUUAACACUAUGAAGGAGGAACUUCUCGAUGAUGCUGCCAACAUGGAAUUUAAAGAUGUCAUUAUCCCUGAGAACGGAGAACCAGUGGGCACCAGGGAGAUUAAAUGCUGCAUCCGCCAGAUCCAGGAACUCAUCAUCUCCCGGCUUAAUCAGGCAGUAGCCAACAAACUGAUUAGCUCAGUGGAUUACCUCCGCGAGAGCUUUGUUGGAACACUGGAGAGGUGUCUGCAGAGCCUUGAGAAGUCUCAGGAUGUCUCAGUUCACAUCACCAGUAAUUAUCUCAAACAGAUUUUAAAUGCCGCCUAUCAUGUUGAAGUCACAUUUCACUCAGGGUCCUCAGUUACUAGGAUGCUGUGGGAGCAAAUCAAACAGAUCAUUCAGCGCAUUACAUGGGUGAGCCCACCUGCCGUCACCAGAGAGUGGAAGAGGAAGGUGGCCCAGGAAGCCAUCGAGAGCCUCAGUGCCUCCAAGCUGGCCAAAAGCAUUUGCAGCCAAUUCCGGACUCGCCUCAACAGUUCUCAUGAGGCCUUUGCAGCCUCCUUGAGGCAGUUGGAAGCUGGCCACUCAGGCCGCCUGGAGAAAACUGAAGAUUUGUGGCUGAAAGUUCGAAAAGAUCAUGCCCCCCGCCUGGCCCGCUUGUCUCUAGAAAGCCGCUCUUUGCAGGAUGUCUUGCUGCAUCGUAAACCUAAACUGGGACAGGAACUGGGUCGGGGUCAGUAUGGUGUGGUGUACCUGUGUGACAACUGGGGGGGUCACUUCCCCUGUGCCCUGAAGUCAGUUGUUCCUCCAGAUGAGAAGCACUGGAAUGACCUGGCUUUGGAGUUCCACUACAUGAGGUCUCUGCCGAAGCAUGAGCGAUUGGUGGACCUGCACGGCUCCGUCAUUGACUACAGCUACGGCGGGGGCUCCAGCAUCGCCGUGCUGCUCAUCAUGGAGCGGCUGCACCGCGACCUGUACACGGGGUUGAAGGCUGGACUGACCCUGGAGAAACGUUUGCAGAUAGCACUAGAUGUGGUGGAAGGAAUCCGUUUCCUGCACAGCCAAGGGCUUGUCCACCGUGAUAUCAAACUCAAAAAUGUGCUGCUGGACAAGCAGAACCGUGCCAAGAUCACUGACUUGGGAUUCUGCAAGCCAGAGGCCAUGAUGUCUGGCAGCAUUGUGGGGACACCAAUCCAUAUGGCCCCGGAACUUUUCACAGGGAAGUACGAUAACUCCGUGGAUGUCUAUGCUUUCGGCAUUCUGUUCUGGUAUAUCUGCUCAGGCUCUGUCAAGCUCCCCGAGGCAUUUGAGAGGUGUGCCAGCAAAGACCAUCUCUGGAACAACGUGCGGAGAGGGGCCCGCCCUGAGCGCCUCCCCGUGUUUGAUGAGGAAUGCUGGCAGUUGAUGGAAGCCUGCUGGGAUGGGGACCCCUCUCAGAGACCUCUCCUGGGCAUUGUCCAGCCCAUGCUCCAAGGCAUCAUGGACCGCCUGUGCAAGUCCCAAUCUGAGCGGCCUAACAGAAGACUUGAGGAUUCGACUUGAAAGCAAAGACCUUUUCCUUUCACUCUUACUUCUCUCUUCCCCUCACCUUUUGGCCACGGGAGAAUUUGACAUUUACUCAUUCUAAAGUGCUCCCGUGGGGAGUGAUGCUUGCUGGGCACCCAGACCCCCUCCCAGGCAGAGAUGCUGCGGGUGGCUGAGGGAACAUGCCCCGCGCCGCACUGACACCCAGGCUGCCCCUUUAGCAGACGGCUGUCUAGGACAUAUUAAAGCUGAUAAUGCAGUGUUCUGGCCUUAGCUGAGCGAGGCCUCUGCUCCCGUGGUCUGGUCCCGGUGUGCUCCCAGGGCACCGGGGACACUGCAGUGGGGAUAGUGGUGAAAGCGACCAUUUUUCAUGACUUUUGACUCUAACCAAGAACGGUUGGCUCUGCCCAGCCAUCAGAAUCCUUAGAAAAUUUGAGCUUAGUUCUGAGAUUGUUAGAACAUAGGAACAAAAAUAGUUCUGAGGUUGUUAGAAAAUAGAAACAAAAAAUAAUACGUGGGUACCUGACUCAGGCUACCUGUGAGCUAGCAGCAGCCGGAGGCCCCCCGGGGAGUGAGCCAGAGCCACUGUGUCGGGGUGUUCCCAGGAACGCGGGCAGGGCUUCAGGUCCACUCCCAGGAUGCCACAAAGGAAGGAAAACGGAAGCAUGCCUGUGUUGCUAUUGGGGUUGGAGUUACUGCUGAUCUCAGAGACUGUCUUAUACCUUGGGG